GCUGGCACGAUGGACUGGAGCUCCCUGUACACUUUCAUCGGGGGUGUCAACAAGCACUCCACCAGCAUCGGGAAGGUGUGGAUCACGGUCAUCUUCAUCUUCCGCGUCAUGAUCCUCGUGGUGGCCGCUCAGGAAGUGUGGGGUGAUGAACAGGAGGACUUUGUCUGCAACACCCUGCAGCCUGGCUGCAAGAACGUGUGCUACGACCACUACUUCCCUGUGUCCCACAUCCGCCUCUGGGCCCUGCAGCUGAUCUUCGUGUCCACCCCGGCGCUGCUGGUGGCCAUGCAUGUGGCCUACCACAGACACGAGACCGCCCGCAAGUUCAGGCGUGGGGAGAAGAGGAACGAAUUCAAAGACCUGGAGGACAUUAAGAAGCAGAAGGUGCGGAUCGAGGGCUCGCUGUGGUGGACGUACACCGGCAGCAUCUUCUUCCGCGUCAUCUUCGAGGCCGCCUUCAUGUAUGUCUUUUAUUUCCUCUACAACGGGUACCACCUGCCCUGGGUGCUCAAGUGUGGGAUCGAGCCCUGCCCCAACCUUGUCGACUGCUUUAUUUCCCGGCCGACAGAGAAAACGGUGUUUACCAUUUUUAUGAUUUCUGCAUCUGUGAUUUGCAUGCUACUGAAUGUGGCCGAGCUGUGUUACCUACUGCUCAAAGUCUGUUUGAGGAGAUCCAAAAGAGCCCAGACGCAGAACAGUCUCCCCAACCACACCGUAAAGGAGAGCAAGCAGAACGAGGUGAAUGAGCUGAUUUCAGAGGGUGGCCAAAAUGCAAUCACUAGUUUCCCAAGUUAAGCAUUUCAAGGUCAAAUGUAGCUGAACCCAAACAAUACAUUCGG